AUGCGCGAAUGGCAGGCGAAGGGGUUCAGGGUAACAGGUUCGACUUGCGACGUGUCUUCCCCCGGAGGACCGAGAGAAGUUCAUGGCGGAAGUGAGCUCGUUGUUUGGUGGAAAACUAGAUAUCCUUGUGAGUUGGCUAUCUCUAUCAAAUCGCAGAUGCAUGCGAUCGCUCAUCUUAUAGAAUGGCUCCUUUUUGAUCAAGUAAACAACGCAGGCACGGGGUUCGUGAAACCCAUGGCGCUCAUAACCCCUGAGGAGUACAAGUUCAUCAUGAGCACCAAUGUGGACUCUACCUUCCACAUGUCUCAGCUCGCCUACCCUCUUCUCAAGGAUUCCGGCGGCGGCGCCGUCGUCGAUAACUCCUCUCUCGCCGGCAUACUCGGAAUCGACAACUUCUCCAUCUAUGGCACCACCAACGGUGAUAAUCAUGAUUAA